CCGUGUUUACACACCGCGGAGAGGCGGCCGCUGGAAUAACACAAGUCAAACGUUCAGCAGCUGGGAGAGUGGUGGCGUAUAGGACACCGACUGAAUGAUAAAAGGGCUUCAAAAUUGACUUUUACAGCGGAAUGUUUACUCGAAGGGGUUAUGGAGACGUCAAGAAAUCUACACAGAAAGUUCUGGACCCAAAGAAGGAUGUUUUAACCCGCUUGAAGCAUCUCCGGUCACUCUUAGAUUUCACUGAAAGGCAAGAACUGAAGACUUUUUUCGAGACCAACUGCUCACAGAUUUAUUUUAUCUUCUAUGAAAAUUUUGUUACACUGGAAAGUAACUUGAAACAAAAAGGGAACAAAUCUCAAAGGGAGGAGCUGGACUCUAUCCUUUUUAUUUUUGAAAAAAUACUUCAACUGCUACCAGAGAAAAUCAACAGUCGAUGGCAGUUUCACAGUAUAGGUUCCAUUCUAAAGAAGCUUUUACACACUGCCAACUCUUUCAAGAUCCGCUGUGAGGGCAUGCGGCUUUUCCUGCUAUGGCUACAGGCUCUGCAGACAAACUGUUCUGAAGAGCAGUUGCUCAUCUUUGCUUGCCUGGUUCCUGGUUUCCCUGCAGUUCCCUCUUCCAGAGGUCCCUGCACAUUAGAUACCAUCAUCUACAGCCCCUUCUCCAAUCCUCCUGAUGCCAAGAUUGUACCUGAGGAGAUUACCCCUCUGGUGCCUGCUGUACCUGGGGAGAAGGCUGUAGAUGACCAGACUUGCUACGUUCUUCAGACUGUGCUAAGGUUCAUGGUGGUCCAGGCAUCCAGCCUGGAAUGGCACAAGAAAGACAAACAGGACUCAGGCUUCAGGUUUCUCUUCGCCCUCUUUAAGAAGUACUACCUUCCACACCUCUUUCCUUCUUUCACCAAGCUCACAAACCUAUACAAGCCACUGUUAGACCUUCCCCACCACAGACCCAGACCCCUAUAUGUGCGGGUGUCACGCAACAGCGAGAGCACAUUCUGCACACGUGAUCAGUACCUGGCCCCCCGCGUAGCCUUUAUCACAUGGCUGGUCAGCUUCUUCCUGGAGAAGAAGUAUGUUAGUUCAGCUUCAACCAGCACUAAAAAUGGAGGAGAAGUUCUUCCCAAGAUCAUCCAGACUGUAACUGCAGGCAGUAUCAGUCAGGAGAAGAGUAGCGAGUCAGAGCCCAAUGGGCCAGCGGAGCAGGAGAAAAGCCACUCGAACAGCAGCACGCUGUCUGACCGCAGAGGCAGCAACUCCAGCCUGUGUAGCAUUGAGGAGGAGCACCGCUCCGUUUACGACAUGGUGCACUGCAUUCUGCUCUCUACACGAGACAAUGUCAACUUUGUCAACGAGGUCUUCCACCAGGCCUUCCUGUUGCCAUCCUGUGAGGCGUCAGCCACCCGUAAAGUGAUUAAAGUGUACAAGAAAUGGAUUCUGCAGGAGAGGCCCACCUUCAUGAAUGAGCCUGAAAAGACAGAUCAUGAAGAGGAGACAGAGGAGACACCGCCACCCGUAGAGAUUGAUAGUACACAUCACUCACAGGAGAUCCUUGGGCACAAGAGGUCAUCCAGCUGGGGGAGAACUUACUCCUUCAGCAGUGCCAUCAGCAGAGGCUGUCUGACCGAGCAACAGAACCAUGAUGUGAAAGCUGGCAUUCAGCCUACACUACAGGUCUUUCUGACAAACUCUUCUAAUGUGUUCCUGCUGGAGCCUUGUCACGAUGUACCCAAACUGCUUGAGAACCAAGUGGAGGUGUGCAGAGCCGUGCUCAGUAUCUACCGUCACAUAAUUAUGGAGCACACCAUGAGCCAACAGACUUGGGAGCAGAUGCUGCAGGUACUGCUGAGAAUCACUGAAGCAGUCAUGAAAAGGUCACAGGAUGACCAACGAAAAGACACUUUUGCCCAGAGCCUGGCUAGUGUUCUAUUCAGAACCAUCAUUGUGGCAUGGGUUCGGGCCAAUCUCAGUGUGUUCAUCUCUCGUGAGCUGUGGGACGACCUGCUGGCAGUGCUGUCCUCUCUCAGCCACUGGGAGGAGCUGGUCAUUGAGUGGGCCAGCAUCAUGGAUUCCCUGACCAUUGUGCUGGCUCGUUGUGUCUAUGGCCUGGACCUCAACAACCUUCCACUUGACAAGCUCUCUGAGCAAAAAGAAAAGAAACAGCGGGGCAGAGGAGUGAUGCAGGAUUCUCAGAAAUCAUCAGUGGUGUCAAGGUCAUUCUCUCUGAGUUGGAGGAAUGCAGGAGAGCAACCUGGCACUCAGGAGCCCAUGCGCAUCCGCAGCGCCACCACCACCGGCGCUCCUGCUGUGGAGAAAGCUCGCAAUAACGUCCGACAGAAAGCAUCAGCUAAGCGAAGCCAGUCUAUCAGCAACUGUGUGCAUCUGUAUGAAGCUUUGCCGGCCACCAAGAGUGUGCCAAUGCUGCUGCACACUGUCAGCUCUUUCUUGCCUGGUAUCUCUCACAACUCUCAUUGCUCUCACAGACUGUCAGAUGUUGAGGAAUGUCAGUUAUCUGAAUGUGGAGGAGAAGGAGAGAUGGGAGAAGGAGACAGUCCCCUCCCUCGUAGCAGUAGCACCUCAGAUAUUACCCAACAACUCACAGAAUCAUUCCCAGGUCAAAACAAGGAGGAUUCUCCAAGUGCAAGCUAUUCUGAUGGCAAAUCCUGGGUUUGUGACAACAGCUCAGUAGGCAAGCGGGAAACACCCACGAUUCUGGUUCGGCGUAGCAGCAGUCCGGGAGAUAUUGACUGCCCAGGAGAAGCCGGGGCUGUGAAUGCAAGAACAAAGACCCGAGAGAAGAGUGAGAGUGUGAGCAGCGAGACCUCAAACUACCUCAACGACGCUGAUGUAAAUCUCCUGAUGUGGCAAGCCGUGGAGGAGGAGCAAGACUCCUCCUCUGCCAAUGAUGUCAGUGUGAGCGUUAACUUGGGAAUGACCACUGAUACCGAGAGCCAGAGGAGUCUACUGCUGAGUCAGAGUGAGGCACUGGCAGGUUCUGAGUGUGUCCACUCGCACCACUCUGCCCCUCUGUCCCCAUGUCCCCCCGUUUCUCCCACCCUGCUCCUGCCCCAGGGCUACGGUGACCCUCAGCUCCUGGAGGACGCCAUGCACAUGCCUCAUGAUCUGGACAGCAGUGAGUUUCUGGCUGAUGACAUCAGCAUCAUUGCCGGUGGCUGUUUGACUGGCUGGCAUGCUGACUCUGCCUUUGUACUAUGGAGAAGGAUCCUGGGCAUCCUGGGGGAUGUUAACAACAUCCAGUGCCCUCGAAUCCAUGCUAAGGUCUUCAGCUACCUGUAUGAGCUCUGGCACAAGUUGGCCAAGAUAAGAGAUAACCUUGGGAUCAAUGUGGAUAACCAGUCAGCUGUGCCCAAAACUUUGUUCAUUCCUCCACUUCGAAUGUUAGCUUCCUGGCUCUUCAAGGCCACCAUGCUGCCUGCAGAGUUUAAGAGUGGGAAACUGCAGGCUUAUAGGCUGAUCUGUGAGAUGAUGACUAAACAUCAGGAUGUGCCACCCAACACUGACUUUCUUGUACAUCUGUACCACGUCAUGCACAAGGGCUUCACCAGUGAUGACCAGGAUGUGCUGAACACAAUGAUCAGGUGGUGCUCGCCACGGUUCUUCUUCCUUGGCAUGCCUGGCUUCACCAUGUUGGUCAGGGACUUCAUCUCUGCUGCUGCCCGUGUCCUCAACUCAGAAAACCCGGAGUCUCCCAGGAUUGAAGCUCAAACAGUGCUCGGCUCUCUGGUCUCCUUCCCCAACCUGUACCAGCAGAUGCCUUCACUGCAGUCUGCACCAAAAUCUCAGGAUAUCACGGUCGGCAAAGACGACUUGAAGGACUACCUAGUAAACACCCUGCUGAAGACGGCACGUAGUGAGCCAAAUGAAGGAGCCAGGUGUGUUGCUAUCUGCAGUCUGGGUCUCUGGGUGUGUGAGGAGCUGGGGCAGCAAAAGAUACACCACCAAGUAAAUGAUGCCAUUAAUGUUCUCGGUGUCACUUUAAAGUUUGGCAAUAAGGUCGUGGCCCAUGUAGCCUGCGACAUCUUCCAGCUACUGAACUGUCACUGGCAGCAACUGCAGAAACUGGAGCAGUCCCUUCCUAAAAGAAUAAUUGAAAUCUUUGUAGCAACGAUAGCAUUUCUUCUGCCCAGUGCCGAGCAUUCUACGGUAGAGGCAGAUAAAAAGUUAAUGGUAUCCUUGCUGCUCUGCCUGCUCGACUGGUGCAUGACUGUCCCGCUGUCCAUCUUACUAGAGCCCAUCUCCAUGCCAAUGCUGGACGAUCCUGCCUCUCACAAAACACCUCUGUUGGACUACAUAUACCGGGUGCUCCACUGUUGUGUAUCCGGCUCUAACCUGCACACACAGCAGAGCCACUACCUCCUGAGUCUGGCAGAUCUGUCUGCAGACUAUGACCCCUUCCUGACACUAGGCCAGGUCAAAAACUCUGAGCCCCCACCUAUGCACAAUAGCACAGGGGAAUUUGGCAACCUUCUCACAGUGGCUGAGGAAAAGAAACGAAGGAACAUGGAGUUGAUUCCUCUGACAGCUAGAAUGAUAAUGACGCACCUCGUCAACCAUUUGGGGCACCAACCUCUCAGCGGCGGCCCUGCACUACUGCACAGCAUGGUUAACGAAAAUCAUGACAACCCCUACGUGGAGUCGUCUGAACUCUCCUCAGAGGUCUUCAAGAGCCCCAACCUGCAGCUUUUCGUCUUCAAUGACAGCACACUCGUUUCUUACCUGCAGAUUCCUGCUGAUCCCAUGUCUCUCUCAAGCUCAAACUCCAAAGAGAACUCGCCUGAAGUGCGAGUGAUUGUGCGGGACAUCUCUGGGAAGUACUCAUGGGACGGCAGUGUACUUUACAAGACUUUAGACAGGACAAACUUGCACUGUAGCAGCACAGGGGAUGAGCCUUCACACCUCCACAAUAACUGUUCAUCAACUUCCUCCAAGCAGACCUCAUCUCAGGCCAGUAGAUGCCCUUCAGAGCUGGAAGUUGAGGAUAGUGUGGAUGUACUGGACCAGCUGCUGGAGGAGUUGGGCCACAGCAGUCCUGAGUGCCUGCCUCAGCCUCAGCAGAGACUUACGCAACCAGCUCCAGCACCCGUGGGCAUGACCCCAGAGACAGAGGGUGCCAUCAUGGAAGCUAUUCACAGACAAGCACAGCAAGAGGAGGAGGAGCUCACCUGCAGACGAAAUGAAGACCCCAGUGUCAAAGCAGUCAGUCAGAGGGAGCCCGUUCACCAGGAGCCCAAAGCACCGUUCUAUUUUUGCCGCCUUCUGCUAAAUGAGCUUGGCAUGAACUCCUGGGACCGCAGAAAAAGCUUUCAUCUGCUGAAGAAGAACUCAAAGCUCUUAAGAGAACUGAAGAAUUUGGAUUCGAGGCAGUGUCGAGAGACACACAAAAUUGCUGUGUUCUAUAUCGGUGAAGGCCAGGAGGAUAAGUGCUCUAUAUUGUCCAAUACUGAGGGCAGUCAAGCAUAUGAGGACUUUGUCUCUGGGCUUGGAUGGGAGGUGGACCUGGCUACUCACUGUGGGUUUAUGGGAGGUUUGCAGAGGAACGGUAGCACAGGAAACACUGCACCAUACUACGCUACCUCAAACGUGGAGGUCAUCUUUCAUGUGUCCACGCGUAUGCCCUCUGACUCAGAUGACUCUAUAACUAAAAAGCUUCGUCAUCUGGGAAACGAUGAAGUGCACAUUGUGUGGUCCGAGCACACAAGGGACUACCGGCGGGGCAUCAUCCCUACCGACUUUGGGGAUGUACUGAUCAUCAUCUACCCAAUGAAGAACCACAUGUUCUUUAUUCAGAUCAUGAAGAAACCACAGGUCCCUUUCUUUGGCCCUCUGUUUGAUGGAGCAAUAGUUUCAGGAACGCUGCUGCCGAGUCUCGUACGGUCCACAUGCAUCAAUGCCAGCAGGGCGGUGAAGUCUCGACUGAUGCUCUACCAGAGCUUCUAUGAGGAGCGAGCUCUCUAUCUGGAGGCCAUCAUUCUGAACCACAAGGAAAGUCUGACAUUUGAGGAUUUUGCUGCCCAGGUCUUCUCGCCCUCCCCUACCUACUACCCAAUAAGUGGGACAGGCUCCCUCACUGGCAGCACGAGCGCUGAGCUAAGCGUUACUGUGACGACCAGCGAGUCCACUGAGCAAGCUUCACCCACAAUGCCACGUGCCACCAAGAGCCGGGUUUCAGGAAAACUCCGGCGCUCGGCCAGCGCCAUCAGCAAGUCCUCCAACUGAGCUCCUCUUUGGAAAAAAUAAGCACUUCAUCAACCUUCUUCAGACUGCAGAGAACUUAAAACUGUGCUCUCUGUGUGUGUGUGUGUGUGUGUGUGUGUGUAUGGCUAUGAUGGCUAUGGGUAGUGUUGUUAUUGUCACUUCUAACUGGAUUUUUUUGGUUUAGUUUCGGUAGCACUGGGAAAUGAGUCAGUGUCACAUUAGUGCAAUGCUUCUCUAAGUUUGAGCUCUCACACAUCUGGGCAUCUGAGUGACAUCUGGUACGUUGUCCCUUUUUCGCUGGAGUAAAUGUUAAACAGACUGAUUGAAUGUUGACAAUAAUGCACAUAACGUAACCUUACAAACAAACGUUUGUAACAUCAUCGCUCUGAAACACGCUGAACUGUGGGACACAAACGUAGAAACAGAUUUCUGCAGAC